GAGAAAAAUUCUUGUUGGAGGUGAAAGAGAGAGAGAGGAACAUUACCCUUUGGAACGGACGAGACUGACCUGUUUGAAGGAGUGCCAUUUAGACUGAAAGGUGCAGUGAUUUUGAAACAGGCAUUCUGUACACACAACAGGAAUAUGAGGAAACUCUUUCAACAAUGGUAGAUAAAGGAACACUGAGGUUGACUGUCUGACUAUUAUUCUGUCCUGGAUGGACCUCAUUAUGUCCAGCCCCCUUCACUACAUACAAACCGCACUCCCUCACUCCUCUCUCUCUCAUAGACAGAUACCAUCUUAAACCCUGUGUGGGCUGGGGAUUUAAAGAUCUGCAACUGAGGCAGGCUUGUAAUCAGAUGAAAUCAGAUGAGAUUAUCCCAAAAAUCCCUUCAUCUUUCCCACUGCUGGAGAAGCGUUAGAGGAGCUGGAGGAGGCGGGGACACUGGGCCAGGAGGGGUGGGGUCUGACGGAGUGACAGAGUGAAAGAGGGAAGGAGGGGUUCACCUGUGGAUGUGUAGGGGAAAAGAGACACCACUGCUGUUGCCUGUUCCCUUUAAAGGUCCCACGUAGACACUGAGAUGACUGCACGCCGACAGUAGAGAAAGGAAGAAAAUCAGGGAGACAGAAAGGGCUGGGAAGGACUGGGGAAAAGGCAGUGCAGAGAGAAAGAUAAAGAAGAGAAAAUAAAUUCUGCCUGCAACUCUCAUCACAGGUUUUCCAUGGAAGAGAUUGGGUGCCCCGUGUCUGAUCUGUAUCCACCUGGUAGCACCAUCCCAUCAAAUCCUACUGUCACUAAUGACAUUAUUAUUCCACUUUCUGAAAAAGUGAAGGACAUCAAGCCUGAGGAGCUACAGAAGAGUUCCAGUGAAUUAUCACGCUCAGAAAAUAUCCUGGAAGACAGAGGGCAUAUAAAAGACAAAGAAAAAUGCCUUCACAAUGUCCCACAUCCACACACUAUUGCAGAGGUUCACAUAUCUGAUGAAGCAGGUGCCCAGAUGGCAUCUGGUGUGAACCAUCAGAAUGAACAGGCAUCACUGGUCAUCACAGAGAAAGUCUCUUCAUUACACAGAUACCUAGGAGAAGAGAACCUGACCCCCCCAAGAACGCAAUAUUUUCAGAGGAGUCACUCAGAUACCCUUCAUAUUCAGCAAGAGGACCAUAUUCAUCCACUUCAAAGUGAAACCUUUGAGCCUACUUCUCUAAAUAAGAACCAAGAAGCACCCACAUUGUCCUUUGUUUGUAAGGAGGCCAUGCAUACACAACAAAGCAGUAGUGUCACCACUUUCUGCAGAGAACCACACAGCCCAAUCCAGCCAAGUUCUGUUCAGGUUUGCACGUCUGGCUGUGCUCAGGUAUCAGGAGAGAUUGCCAGGGACAUUAAACCCUCUAAGCUUGAGGCAGCUGCUUGCUGCAGCUCGUACCAUCAUGGAGCUGCUGAGGACACGUUUGCUGCCUACUGUCACCCCCAGCCCAUACCUUCUCCUGCCCAACUUGUACCACUACUAAUGAACAUGGAGGCAGACAGCAAGGGGCAGAAAGCAACCUUGUUAUCUCUUCCCCCACUCGUUUCCUCCAUCAGUGAGACAAGACUGGAUUCUAAAAGACUGGUCCACUGCUGCAGCCUGGACUGUAAGUGGCCUGGCUCUUUGCGCCUGGCUGGAAGUCAGCAGCAAUCAGUGAAAGAGGUUAGAAACAUGAGAGAUGCAGGGACUAUGACCUCCUGCAGGGAGCUGAUGGAUAUAGGGGUGCAAGUGGGUCAGGACUCAGAAAGGUCACCUCAACAUGUCUUCCCAAAGGUGUGUCUGGUGGACGAGAAAGAAAAUGGGAAUGACGAGCUUACAGGGCAACAGAAAAGUCCAGUAAAGGAUGUGAAGUGGGACUCUGAAGGAAUGACAUGGGAGGUCUAUGGUGCCUCAGUGGAUCCUGAGGAACUGGGCAUGGCUAUUCAAAAGCACUUGGAGCUGCAGAUCAAGGAGACCGCAGGAAGAGCAGCAAAAUUCUCACAGCAGAACACAACCACCUCACAGCUGGGAAAUGAGAAAAGGGAGAGCAAGAGGAGGAGGGGAGUAAUGGCAGCUCUUCAUCCUUCAGUCUGUUGUAGCAGGGCCUCUACUGCAGUGGACUAACUACCAAAACGAUCUGGGUUUUGUAUUUUCAAGCAUCACAGAUUUCUCAGAACUUGUAGACAAUGUAUGAAGUGGGUUAUAUUUGAAGUACAACACUGGAUGAGAGAGAACAUGUGCAUAAGUCUUCCUUUCAGUUUCAGAACCUCAUGCACUGCUUAUGAAAACUUUAGCUUGACCUUAAGGGCUACUUACUUGGUAUA